GAGCGUCUUCCGGUGGGAGCUGUGAGGCUCCUUAUCAUGGGGACAAUUCAUCUUUUUAGAAAACCACAAAGAUCUUUUUUUGGCAAGUUAUUACAAGAAUUUAGACUUGUAGCAGCUGAUCGAAGGUCUUGGAAGAUAUUGUUCUUUGGUGCAAUAAACUUAACAUGUACUGGCUUCCUGCUUAUGUGGUGCAGUUCCACUAACAGUAUAGCUUUAACUGCCUAUACUUACCUGACUAUUUUUGAUCUUUUUAGUUUAAUGACAUGUUUAAUAAGUUACUGGGUAAUGAUGAGAAAACCUAGCCCUGCCUAUUCAUUUGGUGCAGAACGCUUUUUGGAGCAGCCCGAGAUACACACGUGAGAUUCUGCUUUUGACAUAAUUUGCUAUUAAGUUUGAUUCCCAGUUAUUAAUUGCCAUAUUAUUAAAUAGUGGUUACUUUGGCUAUUAACAGAGUUGAAAGUGUGGCAGUAUACGUUUCACUGAUAUUUUAAGCAAAAUCCUCAAAAACUAAGACUCCUUUCACCCUUAACGAUUCCCAAGCUCUUAGAUUUUUAUACUGAACAGGGAAACCUUUCUACCCUGACUUCAGGUCUCUCAGUAUUUCCAGGCCCAGGUCAACACACUAAGCCAGCCCUGUCUGGCCUUCUGUAAUUUAUUUACUUAUUUAUUUAUUUUUAAUUUUCUUUUAAUGAUUUUUAUUUUUUUCCAUUAUAGCCGAUUUACAGUGUUCUGUCAGUUUUCUCCUGUACAGCAAAAUGACGCAGUCACACAUACAUAUAUAGAUUCUUUUUUCUUACAUUAUCACACUCCAUCAUAAGUGACUAGAUAUAUAGAUCCUAGUGCUAUACGCAUGAGCUUUCUGUAAUUUAAAAUUAGAUCCCAUAAAUCUUUUAGUAGCAUCUGCAGAAAAGAUGCAAUUUUUAUUAUUUACCACAUAGUUGCCAAUUAUGUGGAUUUGACCUGUUCUAAUCAGUUUAAUUCAAGACAGUCUGACCUGGCCACAGUACUGUAAACCAGAUACUAUUAGCAUUUAUACAAAUUUAUAAUAGCAGUUACCUGAAGAAGAUACUGUUAAUGCUGAGUCUUUUUUUCUUUCCUCCUGUGUAAGAUGGAAGAGCAGUAGACAGAACAGAGGUCAUGGGGGUUAGAAACCAAAAUCAGAUUCUGGCAAAUACCAAACCAUUGAAGCAGACUGCUGCCUUCCCAUUUCUAGUCUCUCCACAUGCUGGGAUUACAUAUUGAUAUUGCCAAGAAAAAAGUAAUGAUAAAUGUUAUUCUUUUUAGGGGAAGAUUAUUAGUUGGUACUUUUGUGGCUCUUUCUUUCAACCUGUUCACGAUGCUUUCUGUUCGGAAUAAACCUUUUGCUUAUGUCUCUGAAGCUGCUAGUACGAGUUGGCUUCAAGAGCAUGUUGCAGACCUUAGUAGAAGCUUGUGUGGAAUUAUUCCAGGACUUAGCAGUAUCUUCCUUCCUCGAAUGAAUCCAUUUGUUUUGAUUGAUCUUGCUGGAGCAUUUGCUCUUUGUAUUACUUAUAUGCUAAUUGAAAUUAAUAAUUAUUUUGCUGUAGACACUGCCUCAGCCAUAGCCAUCGCUCUGAUGACAUUUGGCACCAUGUAUCCUAUGAGCGUGUACAGUGGGAAAGUAUUACUCCAGACCACACCACCUCACGUUAUUGGUCAGUUGGACAAACUUAUCAGAGAGGUAUCAACUUUGGAUGGAGUUUUGGAAGUCCGAAAUGAGCAUUUUUGGACCCUAGGUUUUGGCUCAUUGGCUGGAUCAGUUCAUGUGAGAAUUCGGCGAGAUGCAAAUGAACAAAUGGUUCUUGCUCAUGUGACCAACAGGCUGUACACACUAGUAUCUACUCUGACUGUUCAGAUUUUCAAAGAUGAUUGGAUCAGGCCUGCAUUACUGUCUGGGCCUGUUGCAGCCAAUGUUCUCAACUUUUCAGAUCAUCAUAUAAUCCCAAUGCCUCCUUCAAAGUGUGCUGAUGAUUCAAACCCUGUCACAUCGACUCCAGCUAAACCUAGUAGUCCACCUCCAGAAUUUUCAUUUAACACCCCUGGGAAAAACGUGAGCCCAGUUAUUCUUCUAAAUACACAAACAAGGCCUUAUGGUUUGGGUCUUAAUCAUGGACACACACCUUAUAGCAAUAUGCUUAAUCAAGGACUUGGAAUUCCAGGAAUUGGAGCAACCCAAGGAUUCAGGACUGGUUUUACAAAUAUACCAAGUAGAUAUGGAACAAACAAUAGAAUUGGGCAACCAAGAUCAUAAUGUACUGUAAUUUAAUUUAUUUUUUGAAGAAUAUUGACUCCUUGACUUCCAGUUUCUUUAGUAAUCCAACAUUGCAUCGACUGUUCAAUUGUUUACUCUGAAUGUUAGAGAAUUAUAGACUUGUUCACAUUUCAUGAAACCAAUGAAGCUAUAUUUUGGUAAAAUGUAUUUGGGUCAGUGAGAACCUUCUAAAUGUUAUAGGCUUUAAAUAGGCUUCCUCUAGAGAGCAUGUUUUUCUAAAUUUGAAUUUUGCCGUCUUUGGUUUUGUAGUUGACUGCAGUGUGAUAUAACAUUACCUUUAUAAAUGAGAGCCACUUGAUGGAGUGGAUCUUUCACAUUAUUAAAAUAUAAUACUUCAGCGAAAUUUAUAAACUUGCUUCUUGGGUACACAUUUUAGGAAAGGAAAAAAAUGUCCAUUCUGAAAGUAAAAGUCUUUUUUAUAGAUUUUCCAAACUUAAUUGCUACAUUUUUCUUUGAAGUCUUUCUGAAUUAUGUCUUUCAAUGUAAAAGCAAAAAUUUUUAUCCGAAAUUUUAGAACAUAUUCUACUCUUUGGCAUAAUUAAAAAUUUUUAAUUAUCGGUUUUUGUUUUUCUCAUUACAAAAUUUCAAUACACUUGCAAAUGGCCCAUCAUUCUCCAAAUGUUUUACAUUGUUAAAUAAAUACCAAAUACUUAGGUGGUAUGCAGUGAAGGAAUCCCAGUUUUCUGUCUUACAUUAUGUCUGACAUAAUGAUGGAUUUAUCUUUUUUGUCAUCUUUUAUUGAGUGACUUUAAGUUCUCAUUUUAUUAACAGAAUAUAUCACAUAUAUUACCAAAAUAUGUGGAAUUCCAUACAUAAUAUGCAGUUUGAUCUUUUUUUCAAAGUUGCAUGGAUAUUUUGAGUUUACAUUAUAUAAUUUCACCAAAACAGUGGACCUUAGGUUAUAGAAUAUAGUAUUGUUAGAUCUGCAGUAGGCAGUUUCUGACUUCAUUUUGCUUUGUUGAAAAUGGUGAAUUGUUAAUUAUAAUGAAGUAUGAGAAUCAUGUAGUUUUUUUUUAAUUAUUUUCUAAAUGCAAAUGUUAAGGACUUUCCUACAUGGCCAGUAUUGCUUAUAAAGAGUAUAGCAGGCAGCAGUCACAAAUUACCUAUGAAGUUUUUGUUUUUUAUUUCAUUUUCUCAUGAGUUUUAUAAUUAGGUUUUAUAAGUGGAUUUUGAGAAUGGAUUGAAUUUUUCUAGAAUCUAGUACUCCUGGAGAUUUUAUGAUAUUUCUAGCCAUUAGGAGCGAUCUAGAGAAGUUUUUUUUGUUUGUUUGUUUUGUUUUGUUUUGUUUUUUUAGAAUUUGCCAGUUUCUGCCAUCAAUUCAUCCUCUUAAAUGUAAGCAAUACUCUCAAAUCCUGUUUCUUCACAGUAGGAUAAUAAGCACCUAAGAAACCAUCCCUGUCAAGCAAAAUUGUAGGCAUCCUAUGAUAUUAACAGACCAUGUCCCAAAUACCUUGCUUGAUGAGGAGUUGACCAUUAUCUUUGACAUCUGCAACCCUGUUCAGGCAUUUGACCUGCUGAAGAAAUAGAAUUCAUGCUACCUUGACUGCCAGGGAAAGUAAAACUUUGUAAAAUAUGAUAAGGCAACCUGUUCCUUGUCCUUUGUCUUGUGUUCUUCAACGAUUAUUAUACCUAUUAUUGGUCUACUAUUACAGGGUGGUUUUUCCUCCAUUGACCUCAUCUAACUGUGAAUUUGGGUCAUGAAUGAAAUCUGAAGAACUGCCAGGUACUGAGUGAGGAUUAAGAGGUAUGUGCUGCCACCCUGUGCUUGUCUUCUCCAUCUCCAGGGAAUUUUUAAAGUGCCCAGGUACUGAACACACUUCUGUGUGAGGUUAAAUGCCUACUUCCUUGACCCCCAUUCAGAAGUAACACCUUUUGUCCUACCAAAGGUGCUUUGAUAUCCACCUACACUAUUGAAAAGUUGCCUGGAGAUUCUGAAAGAAUUGGCUCUACUUGUUGAAAUUGUCAUGCCAACUGCUGGAGGUGACACUGUUCCAGGCAUUAUUAUAUAAAGAAGUCUUAGUUGCCAAGCCCUGGCCAGGUUUGGGAUGUGAACAUAAAUAAGUUGGCCAGGAUAGUCCUAGAUGCAGUAGCCUUACCUCUAAAAUCUUGCCACAGAGUUACUUGAAGCUAGACAAAGAAGCAAGUUUGAAUUAAAUACUUGGUCCAUGAUUGUGAUUAAGAGCAAACUCCAUGGAGUAUGAUUAAUUCUGUUUGAGAAAUUGCUGUGUAUUGAUAACACACUGGACUGGAAGACACGAUUUGAAUUCCAGUCCUGAUGGUGCCACUAUAUAAGUAGUUUUGUAAUCAUAAGCAAGUCAUUUAACUUCUCUUUAUCUUUCUUAUUUGUAAAGUUAGGGUGGGGAAUGAAGUAGUUGAUUUGUAAACUGUCGGCUCUAAAAUUGUAUGACUAAAUUUGCAGAAUAUAUGCCCCACUUGUGAAAUAGAAUAUUGUACCCAGAAUUUCUUUUCAGCAACUACCUCAACAUACAAGCCAAGUGUGACCUACACCAACACCCGAGCCAUUAAUUUGAGAUGCCAUGAGUACAGAAGGUAAACUGAAGGCUAACACCAUUUUGGUUUUUGUUUAUUUUUAGAGUUGUGUAGACUUAAAUCUGUUUAGAUUAAACAGAUUUUUCUUAGACUUCUUUCUUUGUGUGGAAGGAUUAUUUUUGGAGGUAUCGGAGAAAAGAUUAAGACAGGGUCAGAAGAAUGGGGUCCAUUUUUUCUUUCUUCCAUAAUCUCUGUAGUCACAGAUGGAAUUCCAUACAUGCAUCAGCAGCUGGAGAGGACCCGAAUUUCAAGCUACUCAGAAACUGCUAAUUUUUUGCUUAACUAAAGAAUGCUCAUCUUUUUGGAAAGUCUAAUCUUCUUAUAUAAGAAUAUACUUUUUACAUUCCAAGUUGUUUAAAUUAAACUGUUUGAAUAAAGAACAUACAUGGA